UUCUUUCCCAGCAGGGUUGUGCUUACAUUACUCUUUAGAUCUCUCUUGAAGAGGGCUGGUAUAUUUGUGCCUGCUGGAGGUGGAAUUAACAGUAAGAAGGAGAAAGGGAUUGAAUGGACUUACAGGAAGGAUUUUAAGUAAAUUCAGGGAAACACAUUUACUUGAAUAGUACAACCUAGAGUAUUAUUUUACACUAAGACGACACAAAAGAUGUUAAAGUUAUCACCAGGCUGCCGGACAGAUAUAUAUUCCAACACCAAGGUGCAGAUCAGCAUAGAUCUGUGAUUCAGAAAUCAGGAUUUGUCUUGGAAAGAGCUCAAGGGUUGAGAAGAACUCAAGAGCAAGUGAAGAUACCUUUGGGAACUACAGUUUAUCAGAAGAUCAACUUUUGUUAAUUCAAAUACCAAAGGCCUGAUUACCAUAAAUUCGUAUAGGAAUGCAUAGGUCAUCUGAUCAAAUAAUAUUAGCCGUCUUCUGCUACAUCAAUGCAGCAAAAACUCUUAACAACUGUGGAUAAUUGGAAAUCUGAGUUUCGGCUUUCUUAGAAGUAACUACUCCUGACACAUUCCAAAAUAUUUAAAAUAGGACAGGAAAAUCAGUGGGGAUGUUGUGCUCAGAAAUGUCACUGUCAUGAAGAAUAGGUAAAUUUAUUUUUUCUGCUACUGGGAAAGUGUACCUCCUAGAAACCUAUUUUUUUUUUUUUUUUUUUUUUUUUUUUUUUUUUUUUUUAAGACGACAAGAAGGACUAAAAAUAUCAACUUUUGCUUUUGGACAAAAAUGCAUCUGACUGUAUUUUUACUUAAGGGUAUUGUGGGUUUCCUCUGGAGCUGCUGGGUUCUAGUGGGUUAUGCAAAAGGAGGUUUGGGAGACAAUCAUGUUCACUCCAGCUUUAUUUAUAGAAGACUACGGAACCAUGAAAGACGGGAAAUACAAAGGGAAAUUCUCUCAAUCUUGGGUUUGCCUCACAGACCCAGACCAUUUUCACCUGGAAAACAAGCGUCCUCUGCACCUCUUUUUAUGCUGGACCUCUACAAUGCCAUGGCCAAUGAAGAAAACCCUGAAGAGUCGGAGUACUCAGUGAGGGCAUCCUUGGCAGAAGAGACCAGAGGGGCAAGAAAGGGAUACCCAGCCUCUCCCAAUGGGUAUCCUCGUCACAUACAGUUAUCUCGGACGACUCCUCUGACCACCCAGAGCCCUCCUCUAGCCAGCCUCCAUGAUACCAACUUUCUGAAUGAUGCUGACAUGGUCAUGAGCUUUGUCAACUUAGUUGAACGAGACAAGGAUUUUUCUCACCAGCGAAGGCAUUACAAAGAAUUUCGAUUUGAUCUUACCCAAAUUCCUCAUGGAGAGGCAGUGACAGCAGCUGAAUUCCGGAUAUACAAGGACCGGAGCAACAGCCGAUUUGAAAAUGAAACAAUUAAGAUUAGCAUAUAUCAAAUCAUCAAGGAAUACACAAAUAGGGAUGCAGAUCUGUUCUUGUUAGACACAAGAAUGGCCCAAGCUUUAGAUGUGGGUUGGCUUGUCUUUGAUAUCACUGUGACCAGCAAUCAUUGGGUGAUUAAUCCACAGAACAAUUUGGGCUUACAGCUCUGUGCAGAAACAGGGGAUGGUCGUAGUAUCAACGUAAAAUCUGCUGGUCUUGUGGGGAGACAGGGACCUCAAUCCAAACAACCAUUCAUGGUGGCCUUUUUCAAGGCGAGUGAAGUACUUCUUCGAUCGGUGAGAGCAGCCAACAAACGCAAAAAUCAAAACCGCAAUAAAUCCAGCUCUCAUCAGGACUCCUCCAGAAUGUCCGGUGUUGGAGAUUUUAACACAAGUGAGCAAAAACAAGCCUGUAAGAAGCAUGAACUCUAUGUGAGCUUUCGGGAUCUGGGAUGGCAGGACUGGAUUAUUGCACCAGAAGGAUAUGCUGCAUUUUAUUGUGAUGGAGAAUGUUCUUUUCCGCUUAACGCCCAUAUGAAUGCCACCAACCAUGCUAUAGUUCAGACUCUGGUUCAUCUGAUGUUUCCUGACCACGUACCAAAGCCUUGUUGUGCUCCAACCAAAUUAAAUGCCAUCUCUGUUCUAUACUUUGAUGACAGCUCCAAUGUCAUUUUGAAAAAAUAUAGAAAUAUGGUAGUACGCUCAUGUGGCUGCCACUAAUAUUAAAUAUUGAUAAUAAUAAAAAGAUCUGUAUUAAGAUUUAUGGCUGCAAUAAAAAGCAUACUUUCAGACAAAAGGGGAAUUUCCUAAAA